AUGCCUGGACCGUCCAACCCUUCUACCACCUACGACGCCUCGGCCACGCGUGUCCGCCACCGCUGCCGCAUGCGGGGGCUCUACAAGACGGUCGCGCACAAGCCGUCCAUCGGAUACGUCGUCGACGACACGGUUGCGUACAGCGACUUUGACCUCAUCCCCUCCGGUGCGCGGCCCACGAGCCCCGUGAGCGGCAUCAAGGUCAUGGCCCCGCCGCCCACUGGUAUGGUGGUAUGGGACGAAGGGUGGGAGCCGUACGACCCCGCGGCGCUGAAGGACGUCCUCCCUGCUGAACACUGCGACCUCGGCACACGCCCCGCACCCACUGUUCCAACCCCCACAAACGCCAACCGCAACCGCCACCACCGCCCGAUUCUCCGCCACAAGGAGGUCUACUCUAACCACAUCCACCCGGGCCGGCGUAACUGGGGCAAGGCCGACCCGCUCGUCGACUGUGCGCCUGUCGAGUAUGCCGACUUUGACCUCAUCCCCAGCGGCGCCACGUCCUCUACGCCCGUAAGCGGCGUGCGCGUGGUGGACACCCUCCCCAGUCCCAGCCCUCGCCUGCCCCGUCCACCCCGCCCGCCCCGGCCUCCGCGUCCCCCUCGAGUCGCGGACCCGCCACCCCGGCCAGUUGACGCGGCAAGCCUCGAGAUCAUCUCCUCGGACUCGGACUGGGACGCCGAGUCCAUCGAGCUCAUCGAGCGCGUGACUUCUCCUCCUCCGCCUGUCCCUGUCCCUGUUCCCGCCGUGCGGCCCCCGACGCGAUGGUGGUUCACCAGCCUGUGGACCGCCGCCCCAACUCCGACAAUGGCGGCACCGCCACAACCACCCUCACACCCAAACCAGCAGCCGCAGCCACACGACGAGUGGGACGAGUGGGAGUACGUGCCCCGCAGGUCGUACGCCGCCGUGCUCGUGGGCCCCGAGGCUGUUUCCGUGUAA